AUGCACACGCGUUCUAAAGGUCCACCUUUAGAGCCAAUCGAUCUUGAGAUCGAAGCAUCCAACAGGAAGAGGAACGCACAGAGAAGGUUAAACCAGAGGAUUCGGGUAUCUUCACCCAAUCAUAGGCGUCUACCUUCCCCUGUCCAGAGAACUCCGUCACCUAGUCCAUCUCCACGCCCAUCUCCAAUCCUAAUGGCGGACGCGGAGAACAACAACAAUGAGGAUCCUGUUAUUCGUCAACUUCGUGAUCAGAUGGCCAACAUGCAGAGGCAGUUGGAUGAGCAGAACGCGAGACCACCAAUCCAGCCCGUGCAGAAUCUGUAUGCAUAUAGACGGGUUAACAAUCCACCAAUCAAUAAUGCUGGGAUUGCGGCCAACAGCUUUGAGUUAAAGCCGGGAUUGAUAAACAGGGCAGAGGCAAACGCAUUUGGUGGAACAGGUUCAGAAGAUGCCAACAAGCACUUGACCAAAUUUAUACAAAUCAGCAACACGGUGAAGGCUAAUGGGGUCUCCGAUGAUCAGAUUCGCCUCAGAUUGUUCCCUUUUUCUUUGAAGGAUGACGCCAGGGAUUGGUAUGAUAGCAUGGAUCCCAACUCGGUCGAAACUUGGGACGCAAUGGUUGAGCUUUUCUUGGAUAAAUACUAUCCCCCGAGCGAGGCACUAAAGCGCCAAGCUGAAGUCAUCUCUUAUGCAAUGCACCCUCAAGAGAAUAUUCACGAGGCAUGGAAGAGAUUCAAACACUUGAUGAAGAGAUGCCCCAACCACGGGUUAAGCCCGGGGCAACAGAUCGUAACCUUCCAUAGAGGAGCCACUCCGGAGGCAGUACGCGAGUUGAAUAUGAGCGCAGGGGGGUCACUACUUUGGCUGGGAGAAAACGAGGCAUUAGAGGUGAUUGAGAGGGUGGCCUCCAACGAUGAUGGGUGGAAAAAUGAGAGAAGCAAAACCUACAGGGUGGCAUCCGCAUCGGAUGUUGACAAGAUGGACAUAAUGGCCAAGCAGCUGGAUUUCUUGACUAGUAAGUUCAGCAGUAUGGAAACAGAGCCAACUGGGCUCGAAAGUGAAGAGGUGAAUUACGUGCACCAAGGAGGCAACAAUCGGAAUUUCAACAACAACUACCGCCACCAUCAAGGGAGUGGUAACUUCAACAGCUUUGGGAAUAAGGCACAUCCCAAUUUGUCUUAUGGGAAUCCUCACAACGCCCUGCAGCCACCUCCGGGGUUUCAAGUGUCGAAUGGACAGAUCAUUGAGCCGAAGAAGAAUGAGCUUGGAGAUGUCUUGAUGACGUUUAUGAAGCAGACAGGGGAAAUAAUGGCUAAUUCUGAUAAGAGACUGAAGCAAGUAGAGACAGAUGUGCAGAGCCUAGGCAUUCACAUGAAGAGCAUCGAUACUCAGAUGAGCCAGAUUUCACAGGCUGUGGGUAUUCAACAUCAACCGGGCCAGUUUCCCUCACACACCAUUGUCAAUCCCAAGGACUGCAAGGAUUGCAAAGCCAUCAAUCUGAGGAAUGGCAAAAGCUAUGAAGGUCCAACCAUGCCUGCAGAGAAGGAGAAGAUCUCACAAGAAGAGGUGGUUAUAGAAGAUGUAGUGGAAGAAGAGGAAGAGCCAGUGGAGGAAGCACCGCCUCCCAAGGCAAACAUCGUGAUACCUGCACCUCCAGUUGAAGUUAAAAUUCCAUUCCCACAGCGGGUGCAGAAGAAGAAGCUAGAUGAUCAGUUUUCUAAAUUUCUUGACAUUUUCAGAAAGGUACACAUCAACAUUCCGUUGGUAGAGGCGUUGCAGCAAAUGCCUAGCUAUGCCAAAUUUCUGAAAGAUGUUAUCUCCAAGAAGAGGAGAUGGGUGGAGCACGAGACCGUCAACUUGACGGAAAGCUGUAGUGCCAUUAUCCAGAAGAAACUGCCCGCUAAGAUGAAAGAUCCUGGAAGCUUCACUAUAUCAUGCAUAGUGGGGGAUAGCCAAGUGGGCAAGGCACUGUGUGACUUGGGAGCGAGCAUUAAUCUUAUGCCGUUCUCGUUCUUUAAGAAGCUGAAGAUUGGGACACUGAGGCCCACCACCAUCACACUCCAGAUGGCCGACCGAUCUGUGUCGUAUCCAAGGGGGAUUGUUGAAGAUAUACUCGUCAAAGUCAAUGACUUCAUCUUCCCUGUGGAUUUUGUGGUGCUUGACAUGGAGGAAGACCGGGAUGUUCCUCUUAUACUGGGAAGACCUUUUCUAGCUACAGGGAAGGCAAUGAUCGAUGUGCAGAAGGGAGAGCUCACACUCCGACUUAAUGAUGAGAGCGUCACAUUUUCUAUCUACAAUGCAAUGCAGAGGCAUGAUGAUGAAGAUGCAAGGAGAGUGGAGCACUGCAACAUGGUUAAAGUGGUCGAUGAUUGUGUAAAGGAGGUGGCUCAAGCCAUCUCACCACAAGACCAAUUGGAGCGAUGCUUAUCGCAAUCUAUCUUCUCUCCUUACUAUAAUGAUAUUAAUGAGCCUAAUACUGAUUUGUUAAACUUUGUAGGUGUUCUCAAUUCAGCAGAGGAGAUCCCUAGGUUUCGACAGAAAUUCUUACCAUUGAAGGAUCCAAAUGAAGAGGAGAAGAAGGAGGAAAAGAAAGAGGAGUUGAAGCCGUUGCCGUCACACCUUAAGUACGCAUUUCUCGGGGAGAAUGCUACUUACCCGGUAAUUGUAUCAUCUUCACUCACUACUAAUGAGCUUGAUAAAUUGCUUAGAGUGCUUAGGAAGCAUAGGGGUGCAAUUGGGUGGUCCAUCUCGGACCUCAAGGGGAUAAGUCCUACGGUUUGCAUGCAUAGGAUUCUUGUAGAAGAGGGGUCUAAACCCAAAGCUCAAAACCAAAGGAGACUUAACCCGAUAAUGCAAGAUGUGGUGAGGAAGGAAGUGCUUAAGUGGUUGGAUGUCGGGAUUGUUUAUGCUAUCUCGGAUAGUGAUUGGGUAAGUCCCACCCAAGUGGUAGCUAAGAAGGGUGGGAUGACAGUAGUAAAAGGGGGAGACGAUGAGAUGAUAGCCACUAGGUUGGUAACCGGGUGGAGAGUGUGUAUAGAUUAUAGAGCCCUUAACGCCGCGACUAGAAAAGACCAUUUCCCCCUCCCAUUUAUUGACCAGAUGCUAGAUAGGUUGGCGGGGUAUGAGUACUAUUGCUUUUUAGAUGGCUACUCCGGAUAUAAUCAGAUCUUAAUUGCCCCCGAGGAUCAAUAUAAAUCUGCUUUUAUUUGUCCUUAUGGUGUGUAUGCUUUCAGGAGGAUGUCAUUUGGCCUUUGCAAUGCCCCAGCUACCUUUCAAAGGUGUAUGAUGUCCAUCUUUCACGACAUGGUGGAAGAAAUAAUGGAAGUCUUCAUGGAUGACUUCUCCGUAUUUGGUAGCUCCUUUGAUAAUUGUUUACGGAAUCUAACUCGAGGACUUGAGGUGGACAGAGCUAAGAUAGUGGCGAUUGAGCAGUUGCCACCACCAUCCAACGAGAAGGCCGUGAGGAGUUUCCUUGGUCACGCCGGGUUCUAUAGGCGGUUUAUUAAGGACUUUUCUAAAAUUGCUAGGCCUUUAUGUCAUUUACUUGCUAAGGAUGUCAAGUUUGAGUUUUCUCUUGAAUGUUUGCAGGCCUUCGAGACAUUGAAGAAGGCGCUUGUGAGCGCACCCGUGCUCAUCUCACCGGAUUGGUCACAGCCGUUCGAGAUCAUGUGCGAUGCUAGUGAUGUGGCCGUGGGAUCUGCUUUGGGCCAGAAAAGAGACAAGAUUUUCAGGGUGAUCUACUAUGCAAGUCGGACACUGGAUGCGGCGCAGGCAAAUUACACUACUACCGAGAAAGAAAUGUUGGCGGUGGUAUAUUCGUUCGAUAAAUUCCGUCCCUAUCUCAUUGGGGCGAGGACUAUUGUGUUCACCGAUCAUGCCGCCAUCCGCCAUCUUUUCGCCAAGGUGGAUGCCAAGCCGAGACUGAUACGGUGGGUCUUACUUCUACAGGAAUUUGAUUUAGAGAUUCGAGACAGGAAGGGAUGUGAGAACGUAGUAGCCGAUCAUUUGUCGAGAUUGGAGCACUGUUUUGAAGGAGAGAAUUUGAAGAGGCCGAUAAACGAGGAGUUCCCCGAUGAACACCUCUUCUAUGCUCAAGGUUCAUCGCCAUGGUACGCGGACAUUGUGAAUUUCCUAGUAGCCAAGGUGGUCCCGGAAGGCCUCAACAAGUAUCAAACGAGGAAGUUCUUUCAUGAUGUCAAAUUCUAUUUUUGGGAUGAGCCGCUCCUAUUCAGAAGAUGUGCAGAUAUGGUCAUUCGAAGGUGUACCCCCGAUGAACAAUGGGAAGCUUUUGUUCUCCACUGCAAUGAAUGCCAGAGGACGGGGGGUAUCUCUAAGAAGAAGGAAAUGCCGAUGACUACUAUUAUGGAGAUAGAGCUUUUCGAUGUAUGGGGGAUCGACUUCAUGGGUCCCUUCCCGCCAUCCUCCGGUCAACAAUACAUCCUUUUGGCGAUUGACUAUGUCUCCCGUUGGGUAGAGGCAAUUCCUGCUCCGGUCAAUUCCUCUAAGGUGGUGAUAAACUUUGUGAAGAAGAACAUUUUCACGAGGUUCGGGGCACCGAGAGCCUUAAUAAGUGAUGGGGGGUCUCAUUUCAAAAACAAGUGGCUGGAGGUUGUGUUGAGCAAAUAUGGUGUCAAGCUUCGAAUCACUUCUCCUUAUCAUCCCCAAGCCAAUGGUCAAACUGAAUUGGCCAAUCGAGAAAUCAAAGGCAUCUUGGAGAAGACGGUGAAUGCCAAUAGGAAGGAUUGGGCUUUGAAGCUCGAUGAUGCACUUUGGGCAUAUAGGACGGCUUAUAAAACGCCGAUCGGCAUGUCACCUUACCAGUUGGUGUUUGGAAAAUCGUGUCAUCUUCCAGUGGAGCUUGAGCACAAAUCAUAUUGGGCGGUGAAGCAGUUGAAUGCUGACUACUAUAAGGCCGGAAAGGAAAGGCAAGCUUAUCUGAACUUGCUCGAUGAGUUUAGGAAUGAGGCAUUUGAGAACUCAGCAAUCUACAAGGAGCGCCUCAAGACGUACCAUGACAAGAGGAUAGAGAAGAGGGAGUUUUUCCCCGGAGAUUUGGUGCUACUGUUCAAUGCACGUCUAAAACUCUUCCCCGGGAAGCUCAAGUCAAGGUGGUCCGGCCCUUUCAAAGUCAAGACAGUAAUGAAGAAUGGAGCUUUGGAGCUCGAAGCUGAUGAUGGGCGAGUGUUCACGGCCAAUGGUCAGAAUGUGAAGAAGUUCCACUCUAUGGAGCAAAAGGAAGAGGUGUUCCGUCUCUCCUUGGAGGCACAGUGA